ACAAACUGCUCGAGGAAUUAUCGACAGUUAGGCUCCAAUAUCAGCAGCUCCGAUCCUGUCUAAACUCAAUGCAAGAGGAAAACGAGAACGUAGUCCAGGCACUUAAAGCAAAGGAGGAGUGUAUUGUAAACUUGGAGAAAACUUUGGAAAAUUACAGAGAAAAAAGCGACACCCAAGCCAGCGAGCUCGUAGAAAAUGAAAACGUAAUCAAAAAGCUUACAAAGGAUAAAGAAAGUCUAGAGAAUGAAAUCAAGUCGAAGCAUCAGGAGAUUUCGAAAAUUCGUGAGAAUGUGAACGAAGCGUUAGCUAAAAACAAGAUGUUAAUCGACGAUCGCUCCUUACUGGAAAAAAGGAUUUCCGAGAUGAACGAACAGUGCGCUAAACUGCAAGUGGAACUUACAGAGACGAUCGAUAAGAAGAUGAAGAAUGAGGAGAGGAUCAAGGAACUUCUGGAAAUAGUGGCCGAGUAUGAAAAUAAAUGGAUGACCUCGACGAAGCAAAUUAACACCAACGAGACUGAAAUAAUAUUACUAAAAGAGAGACAAUUAGUUCUCCAAAAGUUGAACGACGAACUACUUGAGGAGCGGAACGAUAAUAAAAGAAUGAUAGCCGAUGAGAAAGAAAAAUCGGUUCAGUUAGAGGCUCAGCUGAUGGAGAAAACGAACAAAGAGAAAAGGACCGAGGAGAGAAUUCAGGAACUGAUGCAGAAGGUAGCUGACUACGAGUUCCAAAUGGAAAACUCGUCUAAGCAAAUGAACGAUAACGAUAACCAGGUCGCGGUGUUGAAGGGGAUGUUGUCAUCUCUUGGAAAUGAAAACGAAAAUCUGAGACGAGAGAGCAAAGCUUUACGAUCGGAGAAUGAGAAAGUUAAAAGGACGAUUACCGAGGAGAAGAAAAGGUAUAACAAGUUACAGGGGGAUUUUAAACACAAAGCGCAGAAGGAAAGCAAGAGCGAGGAAAGGGUCGAGGAGCUUUUACGGAAGAUUUCUGAGCUCGAGAAUAAAAUGGAGAAUUCCGCGAGACAACUUGAAGGUAAAAAUCGUGACAUCUCGGCCGUAGAAGAAAGACUGCAAGCUGUCCUCAAAGAGAAGGAACAUCUACAGUCAGAAAAUAAUUACCUGCGAUCGGAGAACAACAAAAUUCAGGAAAAUAUCUUACACGGGCAACGCGAGGAAAAGCCAAAUGAGGAUUUAGCGAUCGAGAAGAAGAAAUUAGAAGUAUGCCUGAACGAGAAGAAACAAGCGGAAGCGAGCCUUGUCCGCGAGGUGUCACAACUUAAAUUACAGCUGGCCGGUGCAAAAGAGGAGAACGAGAAAUUCAAAGAAAGGUAUUAUUCCGAAAAAGAGAGCUACGAUCGCCUGCAGACUAGGAUGCAAUUAAUGGAGGCAGAAAUGAAGAGAGUGAGCGGAGAGAGUGAAUGGCAUAAAAGAUGUAAAAAGGUCCAAGGCGAGACAAGGGCACCGACGAAACAGCAGCCGGUUAAAGAAGCGGAUCAAAGGAAGACAGUUGAUAUCCCGAAGGGCCAACCACGGAAGGAAUCAACUCCGAAAAAAGAUCCCGAAGAGAAGAGUAGCGAAGAGGAGAUGUUUCUAACUCGAACGACAAGGAAGUCUUCGAAGAGGUUUCCCUUCGAUUUAAAGUUACCGUCUAGUGGCAACAAUGCUGCAGAAACAGACCUAAAGGCGCGAGAAUAUAGUGACGAGCUCUUUGACGAUUUGAUAACGUCGAUAUCGUCGCAAGCAGCAGCUCUAUCCCUGCCAAACGCAGAAACAUCCGUCGCCGUAGAAAGCGUUCAGUCAACGGCAAAGGGAACAUCAUCACAAGUACGUAACAUUUAUUUACAGUGUCGUACUUUCACCAGUAUCAAUUAAGAUAAGAAUCCCCACAAGUAGGAUA